AGGGGGUUGUCGUGAGGGCCGGUGGUCCUGUUGUUGUUGUUGUUGUUGGAGGCGGCGGAGGCGGAGGCACCGGGCGAAAUGGGGAGAGAAUCCAGGCAUUACCGGAAACGGUCCGCGUCGCGAGGGCGUUCUGGGAGCCGAUCCAGAAGUCGAUCACCCGCUGAGAAGCGGUCAAAACCUGGAGAUGUCAGAGGUCGUUCACGCAGCAGGGAACGGGAUCGGAGGAGGGAUCGAUCUCGCAGCAGAGACAGGAGAAGAUCACGAUCACGGGAGAGAAAACGACUCAGAAUGCCACAAAGAUCCAGAAUGUCAGUGGUCACAUCAAAACGGUCCAGGAGUCGGGAGCGGAGGAGGUCUCGCAGUCGAGAGAAACGGAGAUCCAACAGUAGGGGCCGAGGCCGCAGAUCCCACUCCCAACCCCGCUCACGCAGCAGGAGCAAGAGCAAGGAGAGACGGUCAAAAUCUAAAGACCGAGUUGAUGUCAGUAAUGAAACUGUCAAAGAGAAGAAAAAGGAGGAAAAAGAUGAUGAGAAAGACGUCAGUAACUUCGAACAAAGCAAAUUGGAGGAAGAAAUGAGGAAACGAAAGGAAAGAGUUGAAAAAUGGAGGGAAGAGCAACGUAAAAAGGCCAUGGAAAAUAUCGGGGAAAUAAAGAGGGAACUUGAAGAGAUGAAACAGGGCAAGAAAUGGAGCCUUGAGGAUGAUGAAGACGAUGAGGAUGAGAUGAUAGAAGGUGAAAGGAAAGAGGAAGGCGAAGAAGACAAUGAAGAGUUGGAUCCAUUGGAUGCUUAUAUGGAAGAUAUUAAGGAGGAAGUGAAGAAAUUUAACAUAGGAAGUGUAAGAGGUGGAAGUGAAAAGAAAACGGGUGCAACAGUUACAAAAGUCAUGACUGUAGUAACCACCAAAAAACCACACUGUGAUUUGGAGAAAAAGAAAGGAGAGUUAAUGGAGAAUGACCAGGACGCGAUGGAGUACUCCUCAGAGGAAGAGGAAGUUGACCUUCAGACGGCACUUACCGGCUAUCAGACAAAGCAAAGGAAGCUCCUGGAGCCAGUGGAUCACGGGAAAAUAGAAUACGAAGCAUUUCGAAAGAAUUUUUAUGUUGAAGUUCCUGAACUUGCUAAGAUGAGCCCAGAGGAGGUGAAUAUCUACAGAUUGGAACUGGAGGGAAUUGUAGUUCGAGGGAAAGGGUGUCCAAAACCUAUUAAAUCCUGGGUGCAGUGUGGCAUCUCCAUGAAGAUAUUAAGUUCGUUGAAGAAGCAAGGGUAUGAGAAGCCAACACCAAUUCAGGUUCAGGCGAUCCCUGCAAUCAUGUCUGGACGCGAUCUGAUUGGAAUUGCCAAAACUGGAAGUGGCAAAACCAUCGCUUUCCUUUUACCCAUGUUCAGACACAUCAUGGAUCAGAGGCCACUCGAGGAAGCAGAAGGUCCAGUCUCUGUCAUCCUGACCCCAACUCGUGAAUUAGCCCUUCAGAUUACCAAAGAAUGCAAGAAAUUCUCGAAAGCAUUGGGAUUGAGAGUAGUGUGCGUUUAUGGUGGAACCGGGAUAAGUGAGCAGAUUGCAGAAUUGAAACGAGGAGCGGAAAUCAUUGUUUGCACUCCAGGUCGCAUGAUCGAUAUGCUGGCCGCCAAUAAUGGUCGUGUGACAAAUCUUCGCAGAGUUACCUAUGUUGUGCUUGAUGAGGCAGACAGAAUGUUUGAUAUGGGUUUUGAGCCUCAGGUAAUGCGAGUAGUUGAAAACAUUCGACCGGAUCGACAAACAGUUAUGUUCUCUGCAACAUUCCCUAGAGCCAUGGAAGCUUUGGCACGUCGCAUCCUGACCAAACCUAUUGAAGUGCAAGUGGGCAGCAGAAGUGUGGUGUGCUCUGAUGUAGAGCAACAUGUGAUUGUCAUAGAAGAAGAAAACAAAUUUCUGAAGUUGCUGGAACUUUUAGGUCAUUACCAAGAAAAGGGCUCUGUGAUCGUGUUUGUGGAUAAACAGGAGCAUGCUGAUGCCUUACUGAAGGAUCUGAUGAGAGCAGCCUACCCCUGCAUGUCACUACACGGAGGUAUUGAUCAAUAUGACCGAGACAGCAUCAUCAAUGAUUUUAAAACAGGAGUGUGUCGGUUGCUUGUGGCCACAUCAGUUGCCUCACGUGGGCUGGAUGUGAAACAGCUGAUUCUUGUUGUCAACUACAGUUCUCCCAAUCACUAUGAAGAUUACGUGCAUCGAGUUGGACGUACUGGAAGAGCUGGUAAUAAGGGUUACGCAUAUACAUUCAUUACUGAGGAACAAGUUCGUUACGCAGGGGAUAUAAUUAAGGCUUUGGAACUGUCAGGAAAUGCUGUUCCACCUGAGCUCGAAAAAUUCUGGAAUGACUUCAAAGAGCAGCAAAAAGCAGAAGGAAAAACUAUCAAAAAGAGCAGCGGCUUCUCAGGGAAAGGCUUCAAGUUCGAUGAGACGGAGCAGGUUCUGGCAAAUGAAAGAAAGAAACUGCAGAAAGCUGCCUUGGGUCUCCAGGAUUCUGAUGAUGAAGACACUGCACUUGAUAUUGACGAACAAAUUGAGAGCAUGUUUAAUUCCAAGAAGAGAGUGAAGGAUAUGGCAAUGCCGGGAGCUGCUCAUGUUCCGGUGCCAUCUGCUGGGAACGCAGAGAAACUGGAGAUCGCCAAGAGACUGGCAUUGAAGAUCAAUGCCCAGAAGAACCUCGGUGCAGAAGCACAGGAUGUAAUGCAGCAGGCUACCAAUGCCAUCAUGAGAGGACGCACGCUACAGGCUCCCACCGUCUCCGCAAAGACGAUUGCAGAACAGAAAGCAGAGAAGAUCAAUGCCAAACUCAACUACGUGCCAGCAGAGAAGCAAGAAGACGACAAACAGGAAAGCGCACAAACAGAAUCAUUCAAACGAUAUGAAGAAGAACUUGAGAUCAAUGAUUUCCCACAGACAGCCAGGUGGAAAGUCACCUCCAAGGAGGCUCUGCAGAGGAUCAGUGAAUAUUCAGAAGCGGCCAUCACUAUCCGAGGCACCUACUUCCCUCCGGGAAAAGAGCCCAAAGAAGGCGAGCGGAAAAUCUACCUUGCUAUUGAAAGUGCGAGUGAGCUGGCAGUUCAGAAAGCUAAGGCUGAGAUUACAAGACUUAUUAAAGAAGAACUCAUUCGACUGCAAAACUCUUACCAGCCAACCAACCGAGGACGCUACAAGGUUUUGUAGGAGCACAAUGGAACAUUAUGAGUGUAUAAUAUGUCUACAGUUUGAUUUUAAUGGUACUCCAUUGUGGGUGUAAUUGGCUUUUUAUUUUAUUUUAUUUUCUCUUCUCCCUAUAAUGUUUAAAUCAUAAUUGUAUUGGAAAAUAUUUUUUAGCCAUUCUACAGAAUCUAUCCUGUGGUAUAAUAGAAACUGUCCUACAGUAUUAUAGGUGAGUUUUUGUUGACGUGACGGGGCUUUUGUUGAUUGUACGUCUGCAGAAAUGAUUCCCAUUUUUGAAGUGUAAAAACAUUGCCUUUUGUAUGCUGUGAUCCAGAGACACCAGGAAGGUCAAAUAAAAUAAAUGUUAUCUUUAUUUUAA